AUGGAUUCUCUAAAACAUCAUAAAGUUCUCUUCAUCAUGGUGAUUAUGUUCAUGAGUGCAACCAUGUCCCGGGCCAAAAAGACGACAGUGGUGAUUCAUAAUGAUCUUGGAAGUGGAUUAUCGUUAGGCUAUCACUGUAAAUCCGGUGACAACGAUCUUGGAUAUGGGCGUUUGGGAGUAGGUGGAUCAUGGUUCUUUCGCUUUAAACCUGAUAUAUUUGGUCGUACUUUAUUCUUUUGCAGAUUUAGUUUGGGAAACGAAUCACAUUAUUUCGAUAUAUAUAAGCAAAAAAGAGAUAGAGAAUUUGAGAAGUUUGGAUGCACUUACUGUGAGUGGAAGAUUCGUAAGAAUGGUCCUUGCAAGCUUAACAAGAUCACUAACAAGUUUGAUGUCUGUCUUCCUUGGAAAUCUUAG